UCCCCUCCACCUUCCCAGGUCUGUCCGGCACAGCAGAGGGAUGGCGAGCCGCUGCUACCGCGUCAGCUCCAGCUGUGGGGUCAGGAACUUCAGUUCCUGCUCUGCUGUUGUGCCCAAGCCUGGGACUCACAGCAGUGUUGGUGCCAUGGCCUACUGGGGGGGCAGUGCUGGGGGGCCAGGCUACAGGCACCUCGGGAGCUUCGGCAGCCGCAGCAUGUGUGUGGUGGGCUCACCUCGGAUGGCAGUGAGUUGCAGAUGGCCCCUACGCAGUGGUGGCAGCUUUGGCUACCGGGCAGGUGGCCUCUGUGGGCCCAGCCCUCCCUGCAUCUCCACUGUGACAGUCAACGAGAGCCUCCUUACACCCCUCAAUCUAGAGAUCGACCCCAACGCACAGUGUGUCAAGCAGCAAGAGAAGGAGCAGAUCAAGUGCCUCAACAACAAGUUUGCUGCCUUCAUUGACAAGGUGCGCUUCCUGGAGCAGCAGAACAAGCUGCUGGAGACGAAGUGGCAGUUCUACCAGGACCGAGAGUGCUGCCAGGGCAACCUGGAGGGGCUGUUCCAGGGCUACAUCCAGACAUUGAGGCGGGAGAUUGAACAGGUGGAGGGUGAUACUGGGAGACUGGACUUGGAGCUUAACCACGUGCAGGAGCCGCUGGAGGGCUACAAGAAGAAGUAUGAAGAGGAGCUGGCUCUCAGGGCCACAGCUGAGAACGAGUUUGUGCUGCUAAAAAAGGACAUAGACAAUGCUUAUCUGCGCAAGUCAGACCUGGAAGCCAAUGUGGAGCUGCUGACAAGGGAGAUCGCCUUCCUGCGGUCCCUCUAUGAGGAGGAAAUCUUCAUCCUUCAGUCACAAAUCUCGGAAACCUCAGUGGUGGUGAAGAUGGACAACAGCCGCGAGCUCAGCAUGGACAUGGUUGUGGCCGAGAUCAAGGCUCAGUAUGAUGAUAUUGCCAGUCGCAGCCGAGCUGAGGCUGAGGGCUGGUACCAGACCAAGUGCCAGGAGAUGAAGGCUACGGUGACCCAGCAGAGUGAGAACCUCCGCAAAAGCAAGGAUGAGCUCAGUGAGCUGAACCGCAUGAUCCAGAGGCUGACGGCUGAGGUGGAGAAUGCUAAGCAGCAGCGCUGUAAGCUGGAGUCUUCCAUAGUUGACGCAGAGCAGCAGGGCGAGGCGGCCCUCAGUGAUGCCCGCUGCAAGCUGGCAGGGCUGGAGGAGGCUCUGCAGAAGGCCAAGCAGGACAUGGCCUGCCUGCUCAAGGAGUACCAGGAGGUGAUGAACUCCAAGCUCGGCCUGGAUGUGGAGAUCGCCACGUACCACAAACUGCUGGAAGGCGAGGAGAGCCGGUUGUGUGAAGGCAUGGGCUCAGUCAACAUCUGUGUGAGCCGUUCACAGGGUGGCGUGAUCAGCGGGGAUCUUGGUUCCAGUGUCUCACGGAGCGUGGGGGGUGUGGCUAGCAGCAGUGUCCUGUGUUCCUCCUCUGUCAUGGGGCCCUGCUCCAGUGCAAGGUCUGUGCGGUUUGCAUAGAUGGGCAGGACUCUGGACCUUGUGGGUCUGCUGGGGGCUGUGGAGGGGUAUGAGGGGAAAGCUUUUCUCUUGUGCUCCCAGUGCCAGUUUAUUCAUUGGUCAUAGUAGUAGCUCUCCAGUUUCCUUCUUACUGGAGUUAUGUUUUACUCUUUGAAUGUAAAUCCUGGGUUUGGCAAGGAGCUGGGUAGAGGGAUGUGCAGCAUGUGGGUGUGUCUCUGGGCCUUGCUCUUGGAUGUGAGGAGCUGUGGAUGCUGCAUUGAGGGGACAACAGGGACAGAAGGGCUGAGGGAAGCCCUUCACUUGAUCUGAGAGGUUGGAUAUUCCUGGAGUCCCCAAACUAUUUUAUAUGACAGAAUGAAAAGACUGGCUGAGGCUAAUGGGAUGAGUCCAUUCUAUUGGUUGCUUGGAAUUGUACAGAAUUCCCGUGAUUCCCACAGGGCGUCUCCUUUCUUUUGGUGUGCUUGAUUAAAUAUUAAUGGCAAAA